GUUGAGGCCACCGUCGCCUGGACGGGUGGGCGGGCGCGCGGAGGAAAGAGAGAGGCGGGGCCGCCCGCGCGCCAGCGCCAGCGCCACCGGCGGCAUGUUUUCACGUCGGGUGUUGAUCUUGCAUACUGCUACAUCGGUGUACAUGCUAGACGGCGGCGAGCUUCACGAGGACCAGGACGCUGUCGGAGGCCCCGGCGCCAGCGGCGGCGGCGGCGGCGGCGCCGUCGUCCUGCGGCCCCGGGACCGGCAUGUUCUUGUACACGUCGUCGCUGCACCCGCACACGACAUGCUCCACGCCCGCCCGCCGCCACGAGGCCGUCCGCACGACGUUGAAGGGCAGCCCGCGGCACAGCUUGACCCGCUUCUUCGACGCCACGUCCCACAGACAGAUGCUGCCGCCCGUGCUGAUUUUGCGGGCGCCGCCCGCGUCUGCGCCCGCCCCGUCCUCGCCGCCCGCUUCGCCGCCCCCGUAGCCCGCCGUGAGCAAGUACCGCCCGACGGUGCCGAGCGAGUACACCGGCCGCACAAGCACGGUGCUCGCCGAGAGCCGCGACCGGUGCGCCUUGAAGAUGAAGCGCUGCGGCGCGGCGCCAGCAACGACAAUCCCGGCCGGGUUUGUGCACGAGGACGACACGGGCGCCGUGGUCGCCGCCGUCGUCACCGUCACCGUCGGCUCUGUCUGCGGCUCGAUCUCCGUCGUCAGCACCGCCACCUUCCCCUCGAGCCCGGCCUGCGCGUACACGAGCCGGUGCGGCGGCUGCACAACGCUGUCCGCCGCCGGCGCAAGGAUCCGCAAAUCCGUCGUCACCGGGUACUUGAAGCCCGCCUGCUGCGUCGCCAGCGGCACGAGCCGCCGACACGACACAUCCAGCAGCCGGUUCUCCCCACUGCCGAGCGCAGCGACAACGUAGCCGGCGCACACGUCGAAGCGCUGCAGCUUCGCGCCCAGCGCCGCCGUAUCGAGCGCCGCCAGGUCGGGCACGCUGUGCAACGCAAGCGUGCCGGCGGACGUGCCCAGCACAAGUACGCCGCCGGCGUCGUCCCCCCGCGCGUGCACAUACAUGCCGGCCUCAGCGGGGCCCAGUGCCAGCGAGGGCACCGGCCGCACGUCGUAGGCGGCGGCGCCUCCGGGGCCGCCGCCGCCUGGAGCGUCUGCCGCGGCCGGGCUCACCGCCGUCACCGUCCGCGGGUGCACGACAAGCAUCUUCUCCUCCAAACACACGACCGCCACGACCGGCUCGGCAAACCGCCGCCGCCAUGGCAGCGUGGCACCGCCGAGCGGGCGUCCGGGCAGGUCCGCGUAGAUGCAUACCUCCCCAAGCACCGACGCUACGACAAGCGCCCCGAGCGUGCUGCUGUGUUCCACCGCCGUAAUGAAGCCCUUGGGCGGGUCGGUCAAGUUCUCUGAAUCAUGUUAGUACCCCGUUCGCUGGUCCCCGACACCGGACAGCCCGCAC